AUGAAAGUAAUUAUUGUUGGAGACGGUCAAGUUGGUAAAACCAGUUUGGUCCGAAGAUUUGUCGAUUCAAAAUAUGAUCCUGAUUAUAGACAAACUAUUGGAGUUGCUUUCAAAGAAAAACAACAAUAUAUACCCGAUCCUAUAAACGAGGCAGUAACUUUCAUGUUGUGGGACACUGCUGGACAAGUAAAAUUUGCUGACAUGACCAGACAAUACUAUAGAGGAGCCAAAGGAGCCAUUCUGGUAUUUUCAACAACUGAUCGUAGAAGUUUCGAAGCCAUCAAAGCUUGGAAUGAAAAAGUGGAUACUCAAUGUGACGACACUAAUUUAUGUAAAGUUUUAAUUCAAAAUAAGAUUGAUUUGAUAGACCAAGCUGUCAUACAGCCUUCAGAAGCAGAAGUACUUGCCACAGAGUUGGGUAUUAAAUUUUUCAGAGCUAGUGUGAAAGAAAAUUUGAAUGUUAAGGAAAGUAAGUUAUCACAUUAUUACCCUUCUCAAAUUUUAAUCAUCAUGUUUAGUUUUCCAAACCAUAGCCAUUGA